AUGGAGAAGCUAAAGUUGCUCCAACUCAAACAUGUGGAACUCACAGGAUCCUACAAAAAUUUUCCAGAACUGACUUGGUUGUGCUGGCGUGAAUGUCAUUUGAAAGUGAUACCUUCUGACUUAUCGAUGAGCAGCUUGGUGGUCAUAGAUAUGAGAUACGGAAAGUUAGAAGAGUUUGAAGUGCCAACAGUUCUUAAUUCGCUCAAGACUCUCAAUUUUAAAGGCUGUUGGUAUCUUAUCAAUAUACACAAUCUUAAUCGAACGCCAAAACUCGAGACUUUGAUCCUAUGGGAUUGUAUCAGUCUGACUCAUGUAUGUGAAACCAUUUCAGGCCUUGAGCGUCUUGCUUUAUUGGACUUGACAGGGUGUAAGAAUCUGUUGAAGGUUUCUUCUACCUUACCGCACUCUUUGCAGUUUUUGUUUCUCAAUAACUUUGACCUAAAGAAACUUGAUGAUUUUCGAGCGGUUUUUAGUGGCCAUCCUUUCUUUUACCUAAAUUUGGGCAAAAAUCUAUUCAAGAUCCUCCCCAGUAACAUUGAUCUUAAGAUGCUCCGGGUACUCGACCUGACGUCUUGUCACCGCCUCAAGUCUCUUCUAUAUCUUCCAAAUACUCUAGAAGAGUUGUAUACAUAUUCAUGUGAAUCACUUGAAAAAAUAACUUUCCAAUCAGCUCGAUUCAGACUGCGGGAAUUUGGAUAUAGUAGUUGUUUCAAGCUUUGUGAAAUUCAAGGACUAUUCAAAUUGGUUUUUAUAAAAGAUAUUGAUGAAGCAGAGCUUGGACAUAUAAAUUGGAUCAAAGCUUUUCAAGAUCAUACAGUAGAGCUAGUGGGUGAUGAGAUUACCAAAGGCCGACCACAUUAUAUCCAGAUGUUGUACGAAUAUGGUAUAAAGAGCACAUAUCUAUGGCAAGAAGAAGAUGAAAUCCUGAUGUCCGAGUAUAUAUCAAAAUCCAAUUUCUUAUCCUUCCAAGUGCCUUUUUGUCCUGACGAACUCAAGAUCCAAGGAUUAGAUGUGAAUUCGGCAUACUAUGUACUAGAGGAUAAAGAUCAAGAUGAGUGUGUUUUAUUUGCGAAAGUUAGCAACAAAACUACGGGUCUUACUUGGAUAUACAACCCUGUUGUCUUUUGCAAACCCAGAACUGAUAGAGAUGCUCUAUGGUUAAGCUAUUGGCCAAUUGGAAACAUGUUAGAGCCUGGUGAUGAAGUAGAAGUGUCUAUCAUUGUGGGGAAUGGUUUGAUUGUAAGUAGGUGUGGGGCCAGCCUUGUGUAUAAGGAUUGUGAAUUCACAGAAGAGAACGAGUCGGAAAACAAUGCAAAAGAGGAAGAAGUGAUUGGAGGAGAUCUAUCAGAAUUUGAGCUGACCGAAGGGGUAUACUACCUUUGCCGCCAUGAUCUCAAAUCAAAGAUCCCUGAUUAUUUAGAAAUGUUAGUUGGUGGUACCAAUCGUUAUAAGCAAUUGCAAAGAUGGAGAAAGUGUCGCCAUUCACAGCACUUGGAUGCAUCAGUUCAACUGAAAACAUUUAGAGGCACCCUCAACAAAAAAAUUGUGCUAAGGGUAAUCUUCCAGAGUGAAAGUCGAAAAGGGAAGCUGUUGAGGGCAAUAUCUACUAUUUCAGGCGUUGAAUCGAUAGACUAUGAUGUGCAAAAGUGGAUACUGACUAUCAUCGGACAAAUGGAUCCUGUAGCAGUGAUGGUCCAAGUCAAGAAAUCUAAGAGUUAUACAGAGUUACUAGCUGUUCAACCCUGCUAA